ACUAGAUUGCACUGAACCUUCUCAAUCCUUUUUGUCUUCUCUCUUACCCCUGAGUACAGCCUACUCCACGCCUUUUGACCGACUCUGAACUCCUGAGCUAACUCAUUCCAUCCCCGAUCACUACGACCUUCACACCACGUCACUUCAAAAGGGCUUCUGGAAGGUUUCACAUAGUUUUUGGUUUAUUCUUAUUGUGUACAAUGUCGUCGCCUUUGCCUACUAGUCUCUAUUGGCUUUGGGUAUGCACGAAGUUAGCGCGGGCGUCCUACAAAACGCUGAACCCAAUCAUUUGGGAUCAUUGGAGCCAUUGAGGACUUGAUACUCGCUUUGUUUAGCAUUUACCUUGGGUUAGCAAACACAAUUUCUCGGGCAUAGGACUAUUGGCGCGCCCCGUACUACAGAGUGGACAUUGGCGUGGCCUGUGUAAUAUACAAACAAUCGGCUAGAAAACUGAGAUACAAUUUUCCCUAUUAUAAAAUAUGUCAAUCAAUACAGCUCAGGGCUCGAAAGGCGUCAUUGGAUAUACAUUGAGCUAGAUAUUUGGGCAAGAGGAGUCACGAACGUCAGGAUCUGAGGAUUCCUUAAUAUUCAGUAAAUCCAACAUCAGAUCGAGCUUGCCAUCUACCAUCAACGUCGCACACCAUGCCAGCGAUCAUCCACGUCAUUCGACAUGCACAGGCGCUGCACAAUGUCCAUCAGGACUUUAGCCUUCCCGAUCCUGAAUUGACAGAGUUGGGCCACGAGCAAUGCAAGACAGCGGCCGCGGAACUCAGAGACCUAGGAGACAAAACCGCCGUGAUCCUCGCCUCGCCCCUUCAACGCGCAAUUCAAACCGCCCUCGCCGUCUUUCCUGCAUACACAGCUUCAGGCAAGAAGAUAGUUCUUGUGCCAGACUUGCAAGAAAUCGGUGUCUCGCCGGCGGACACAGGCAAUUCUCGGGAGUAUCUAGAGGACAAAUUCGGUGCCAUUCUAGACUACGACCUCCUCACGCCAGACUGGAUGGUGAAGCGCUGGAAGAGCCGGAACGCGCCUGAAUUCGUCGAGGAACGCGCGCGAGACACGAGGGCAUUCAUCCGCUCCAUGGCUCGGAAAUACGGAGAUGAAGACGUCGACAUCGUGGUCGUCACGCAUGGGCAAUAUCUCUGGUCUCUGACCAAGAAUGAUGUUUUCUUCAGAAACGUCGAGCGACGCACGUAUGCCUUCGACCCCGAUCAGGAGAACAGCCUCGAGGCCGAUCUAAUCGAGACGCCUGAGAGCAUCGCCAGACGGAGCCCACCGUGACCUGGCGAGGUGCGCGUGCGUGAAUCCUUUCGGUGCGAUGGUUCUGUUCCUAGUCGGACACCGAGGUCAAGCCUGGCUGCUCCGAUUAAAUCUGCAAGACAGAUUUCCUGGCGUCUAAGGGACGUGGAGAGGGCAUCGGCUGAACGGAGGACGGAGGGCGAGAUACGUCGAUUCACAUUGAGAUUGAGCAGAGACAGACGAGUGAUUAACUUCUGAGGUUCUGCCGAACUCCAGCCGAGCAUGAACUAGGUAUUAUAAGCAAGUUCUAUGUGUCAAACCUACCUGAUGGGACUUAUAGACAGUUGCUGUCAUGUAGUAAGAUAGUUCACAUCUCAUGUCGCGACUCCUAAAUAUCCUAAUAUCAAUAUGUGCACAAAAUUAUUUGUGGUGAACUGCGCUUAGAGGAGAAUAAUUUCAUGUU